AUGGACGCCCUGCACCACCCCUACUUCCCCGUCAACGCGGAAAUCAUCGGCUACGCGGCCAACGAAUGGAGCGUGCCCGCGCUGCUCGGCGUCUUCUUCUCCGCCUGCGCCGUCCUCUUCGUCACCACCUACUUUGUCGCCAAAUCCAUCACGCCCGACAUGCGCCGCGCCGAGCUGCUGACCAUCAUGUGGUUCGUGCUGUCGGGCGCCAUCCACAUGUUCUUCGAGGGCUACUACGCCGCCAACUACGCCACCCUCGGCUCCAAGCAGACCCUCAUCGGCCAGAUGUGGAAGGAGUACGCCUUCUCCGAUUCCCGCUACCUGACGAGCAACUCCUUCGUCCUCUGCAUGGAGACCGUCACCGCCGUCUUUUGGGGCCCCGGGUGCAUGAUUACCGCGGCGCUGAUCAUGCUGCGCCAUCCCAUGCGUUACCCCGUGCAGUGCGUUGUUUCCGUCGGCCAGUUCUACGGCGAUUGCCUGUACUACGCCACCAGCUUCUUCGACCAUCAUAUCAUGGGCGUGACGUACUACCGCCCCGAGCCCUUUUAUUUCUGGUUUUAUUUCAUCAUUAUGAACUUUUUCUGGAUCGUCAUUCCUGGCUACCUCGUCUACAGGAGCGCCGUCGAGACGGCAAAGGCCGUGGCAAUCGCACAGAGAGUGCAAUCGACGAAGAAAGUCCAUUGA